AUGGCCCCGAAGCCGAAACCAACAGAAAAAUCAGGUAAGCCUGAGAAGAAACCUGAAAAGAAGCCGGAGAAGAAGCCUGCUGCAGCUCCAGCUGCAGCAGCAGCAGCUUCGACUUCUUCAGGGGCUUCUGCAAGUGCAAGCGGAGCCAAAGGUGGGGCACCUAAGUCAUCUAAGACUCCUGCACCUGCUCCCAAAGUAGCGACUGCAAAGGUAGCCGCAGCCCAAGCUGCUGCUGCAGCCAAGCCUGCUUCAUCCAAGGCUCCUGCCAAGGGUGGAAAGUCUGGUUCUGGAAAGCAGCCAGCAAAGGGUGCUGCUGCCAAAGGGGCUUCAGCUAAGGGAGCUGCCGGAAAGAAGACCCCAGCCAAGCCUGCUGCUAAGGGAGCUGCAGCUAAACCAGGUGCCAAAGCUCCAACCAAGCCUGGUGCUAAACCUGCUGCUGCCAAGAAACCAGCAGCUAAGCCCGCCGCAAAGAAAGUUCUUGAGAAGCCUAAGAAGGGUGUUGCACCUAAGCAACAAAGACUAGGAAAAGUAGCAGCCAAGAAGACUCCUCUAGACAAAGCUCUUAAAGUAAAACUAAAGGUUAUCCGAGGACCUCAUGGAACCCGAACUCGAAAAAUCAGGACGUCUGUCCAGUUUAAGAGGCCAAAAACAUUCAAGCCCCCCAGAGCUCCAAAAUACAUCAGGAAAUCCGUUCCAAGGAGGAGUAGAAUGGAUGCCUAUAACAUCAUCAAAUUUCCAUUGACAACUGAAGCAGCCAUGAAGAAGAUUGAAGAUAACAAUACCCUUGUUUUUAUUGUCCACUUGAGGGCAAACAAACACCACAUCAGGGCAGCUGUGAAGAAAUUGUAUGAUAUCGAUGUUGCCAAAGUCAACACCCUUAUUAGGCCCGAUGGAAAAAAGAAAGCUUAUGUAAGGUUAGCGAGGGAUUACGAUGCACUAGACGUUGCUAACAAGAUCGGGAUCAUAUAA